UGAGCUGAGCGGGGCGGGCGGCGGCGGGGCCCGAGCCCGAGAAGAUGGCGGUGCGGAAGAAGGACGGCGGCCCCAACGUGAAGUACUACGAGGCCGCGGACACCGUGACCCAGUUCGACAACGUGCGGCUCUGGCUCGGCAAGAACUACAAGAAGUAUAUACAAGCUGAACCACCUACCAACAAGUCCCUGUCUAGCCUGGUUGUACAGUUGCUACAAUUUCAGGAAGAAGUUUUUGGCAAACAUGUCAGCAAUGCACCGCUCACUAAACUGCCGAUCAAAUGUUUCCUAGAUUUCAAAGCAGGAGGCUCCCUGUGCCACAUACUUGCAGCUGCCUACAAAUUCAAGAGUGACCAGGGAUGGCGGCGUUACGAUUUCCAGAAUCCAUCACGCAUGGACCGCAACGUGGAAAUGUUCAUGACCAUUGAGAAAUCCUUGGUGCAGAAUAAUUGCCUGUCUCGACCUAACAUUUUUCUGUGCCCAGAAAUUGAACCCAAACUGCUAGGGAAAUUAAAAGACAUUAUCAAGAGACAUCAGGGAACGGUCACUGAGGAUAAGAACAAUGCCUCCCAUGUCGUGUAUCCUGUCCCAGGGAACCUGGAGGAAGAGGAAUGGGUACGGCCAGUCAUGAAGAGGGAUAAGCAGGUUCUUCUGCACUGGGGCUACUAUCCUGACAGUUACGACACAUGGAUCCCAGCCAGUGAAAUUGAAGCAUCUGUGGAAGAUGCCCCGACUCCUGAGAAACCUAGGAAGGUUCAUGCAAAGUGGAUCCUGGACACAGACACCUUCAAUGAAUGGAUGAAUGAGGAAGACUAUGAAGUAAAUGAUGACAAAAACCCUGUCUCCCGGCGAAAGAAGAUUUCAGCCAAGACACUGACGGAUGAGGUGAACAGCCCAGAUUCGGAUCGACGGGACAAGAAGGGGGGCAACUAUAAGAAGAGGAAGCGCUCCCCAUCCCCUUCACCGACCCCAGAAGCUAAGAAGAAGAAUGCUAAGAAAGGUCCCUCAACACCUUACACCAAGUCAAAGCGUGGCCACAGAGAAGAGGAGCAAGAAGACCUGACAAAGGACAUGGAUGAGCCCUCACCGGUCCCCAAUGUGGAAGAGGUGACAUUGCCCAAGACAGUCAAUACUAAGAAGGACUCGGAGUCAGCCCCGGUCAAAGGAGGCACCAUGACUGACCUGGAUGAACAAGAAGAUGAAAGCAUGGAGACCACGGGCAAGGAUGAGGAUGAGAACAGCACGGGGAACAAGGGGGAGCAGACCAAGAAUCCGGACCUGCAUGAGGACAACGUGACCGAACAGACCCAUCACAUCAUCAUCCCAAGCUAUGCUGCCUGGUUUGACUAUAAUAGUGUUCACGCCAUAGAGCGGAGGGCUCUCCCUGAGUUCUUCAAUGGCAAGAACAAGUCCAAGACUCCAGAAAUCUACCUGGCCUAUCGAAACUUCAUGAUCGACACUUACCGGCUGAACCCCCAAGAGUAUCUCACGUCCACCGCCUGCCGCAGGAACCUGGCGGGUGAUGUCUGUGCCAUCAUGAGAGUCCAUGCCUUCCUAGAACAGUGGGGUCUUAUUAACUACCAGGUGGAUGCUGAGAGUCGACCAACACCAAUGGGGCCUCCGCCCACCUCGCAUUUCCACGUCUUGGCGGACACACCGUCUGGGCUGGUGCCUCUGCAGCCCAAGACCCCGCAGGGCCGCCAGGUUGAUGCUGAUACCAAGGCUGGGCGAAAGGGCAAAGAGCUGGAUGACUUGGUGCCAGAGACGGCUAAGGGCAAGCCAGAGCUGCAGACCUCUGCUUCCCAGCAAAUGCUCAACUUCCCUGAUAAAGGCAAGGAGAAACCGACAGACAUGCAGAACUUUGGGCUGCGCACAGACAUGUACACAAAGAAGAACGUCCCCUCCAAGAGCAAAGCUGCGGCCAGUGCCACUCGAGAGUGGACAGAACAGGAGACCCUGCUACUCCUGGAGGCACUGGAAAUGUACAAAGAUGACUGGAACAAAGUAUCGGAGCACGUGGGAAGCCGCACACAGGACGAAUGCAUCUUGCAUUUUCUUCGGCUUCCCAUUGAAGACCCGUACCUGGAGGACUCAGAGGCCUCCCUGGGCCCCCUGGCCUACCAGCCCAUCCCCUUCAGCCAGUCAGGCAACCCUGUGAUGAGCACCGUUGCCUUCCUGGCCUCUGUCGUCGACCCUCGAGUGGCCUCUGCUGCUGCGAAGUCAGCCCUAGAAGAGUUCUCCAAAAUGAAGGAAGAGGUACCCACAGCCUUGGUGGAGGCCCACGUUCGGAAAGUGGAAGAAGCAGCCAAAGUGACAGGCAAAGCAGACCCAGCCUUUGGUCUGGAAAGCAGUGGCAUUGCAGGAACCACCUCUGAUGAACCUGAGCGGAUUGAGGAGAGCGGGACUGACGAGGCGCGGGCGGAGGGCCAGGCCACAGAGGAGAAGAAGGAGCCCAAGGAACCACGAGAAGGAGUUGGGGCUACAGAGGAAGAAGCAAAGGAGAAGACCAGUGAGGCGCCCAAGAAGGAUGACGAGAAAGGGAAAGACGGCGACAGCGAGAAGGAGUCAGAGAAGAGUGACGGGGACCCGAUAGUUGAUCCUGAGAAGGAGAAGGAGCCCAAGGAAGGGCAGGAGGAAGUGCUGAAGGAAGUGGUGGAGUCGGAGGGGGAAAGGAAGACGAAGGUGGAGCGUGACAUCGGCGAGGGCAACCUCUCCACCGCUGCGGCCGCUGCCCUGGCUGCCGCUGCCGUGAAGGCCAAGCACUUGGCUGCCGUUGAGGAGAGGAAGAUCAAAUCUCUGGUGGCCCUGCUGGUGGAGACCCAGAUGAAAAAGUUGGAAAUCAAACUCCGGCACUUUGAGGAGCUAGAGACGAUCAUGGACCGGGAGCGAGAAGCGCUAGAGUAUCAGAGGCAGCAGCUCCUGGCCGACAGACAAGCCUUCCACAUGGAGCAGCUGAAGUACGCGGAGAUGAGGGCCCGGCAGCAGCACUUCCAGCAAAUGCACCAACAGCAGCAGCCGCCCCCGCAAGCCCUGCCCCCUGGCUCCCAGCCUGUCCCACCUGCGGGCGCUGCUGGGCCACCCGCUGUCCACGGCUUGGCUCUGGCUCCAGCCUCCGUGGCCCCUGCCUCUGCGGGCAGUGGGGCCCCUCCCGGAAGCUUGGGCCCCUCUGAACAGAUUGGGCAGGCAGGGUCAACUGCAGUGCCACAGCAGCAACAAGCAGCUGGAGCCCCCCAGCCUGGGGCAGUCCCACCAGGGGUACCCCCCCCUGGACCCCACGGCCCCUCACCGUUCCCCAACCAACAAACUCCUCCCUCAAUGAUGCCAGGGGCAGUGCCAGGCAGCGGGCACCCAGGCGUGGCGGACCCAGGCACCCCCCUGCCUCCAGACCCCACGGCCCCGAGCCCAGGCACAGUCACCCCUGUGCCGCCCACACAGUGAGGAGCCAGCCAGACAUCUCUCUCCCUCACCCCCCAUGGAUAUCAAGGUUCCAGGAACAGCCCUCUCCCCACCACUGGGACCCUUCCCCAGCCUGGAGAGUUCAUCACUACGUAAGGAAAGCUCCUCCUGCCCCUCCAAAGCCCCCACCGUGCCUGUCAGGGGCAUGCACUUUUAUAUUGGAUUAUUCAAGGACUUCUGUUGAAAAGAUGUUUCUAAUGUCUGGGAGAGAAGAUAGGAUGGGGAUCCUGCCCUCAAAGGAAGGGCUGGGGGAAGUGUUUAUACAAGGUUCUAAUUAACCACUUCUAAGGGUACAUCCCCUCAAAACUAUUGCAUUUUUUAUGGAUUGAAAAAGAGUGAAGCUCUUUAAAAGGAAGUAGAGAUUUAAAAAAAGGCACAUUGGAGCUCCCUCCACCCAGUGGAAAAAAAUCCAACUUUUACAUAUUUUGAGGAGGGAGGUGAGUUUUAGGAAAGGGGAAUUUAGGUUCUGGGGAGAGCUCUGGGGCUAGAACAGGGUGCAGAAAUCUGUCUCCUCCAGCCCCUCGUUAGUGACUGAGGCAGCUCCCGAACUCCCUUGGCCACCCCACCCCCAGUUUAUUCCCACUAAUCUCUCCUGCUGCUUCCUCGGUGUUGCUGUUUUAGGCCACCCCAGCUCAGCCAAUGGCCCCUUUCCCUCUGAAUGUCAGCUUUGUGUUUUAAAGUCUCCUGCGUAGUUGAUGUCAGCGUAUGUGUAUUUGGUGGGGACACAUUUUGGGGGUUCCUGUGGCAGGUAGUAGAGGAAGAAAGGGCGCUUGGGGCUAUGCUGCCUCCUGCCUGGGCUCUGUCAGCGAGCGGGCUCCCAGAAGAUGUGGAGAGGGGCUCUAAGAGGAUGGGAAGUCCUAAAAACGUGAAAUUGUCAAAAGCACUUAAGCACCUCCUUCUUAGGGCUUGGUGGGUCACCCCGCUCACCUCUUCCCUCUCCCACCAAGACCAUCAGAACCGUGGCUGGCAGUAGCUAGGGAUUCCUUGGGAUUUGGGGCAGCAGCCGGGGAGGGGGUGCCCGACCUAGGGUAGUGCCGAGCCCCUGCUUGCAGCUCACGGCUCGGCUCUGCUCCCCGGAUCCCAGUGCCCCCGGUACCAGCUCUCCCCUCUUCGUCCUUGGUGUGAAGGCAAAAGUGACUCCAGGCUCUCCACCAGUUCUUCCUGGUCCCUCCCACCAGGCCUUGUGUUCCUUGUGUCCCCAUAUUUCUCUUCCUCUGCGUCUUGGCACCUUUCUUCUGUUCAAAAGUUUUCUGUAAAUUUUCUCUUUUUUCUUUCUUCUUCUUCUUCUUUUUUUUUUUUUUUUUUUUUUUUUUAUAAAUUAAUUUGCUUUCAGUUCCAUCUGUGGAUGCCUUCUGUGUUCUCUUACCUAUGGCUGUUAGGCGGGGGGAAUCGGGCUGGGGGCAGCACUCCUGGAGUCCUUCCCAGUGGCGCUCGGAGGGGCUGGAGAGGCACUGGGCCUCUCUCCCAAACAAACAGGCCGAGGGCAGCACAGCUGUCCGGACUGUACAACUGGUGCAGGGACUGGGCAGAGGCUCUCACCUGCCCUCAAAAUAGCCAUUUAAGACUUGGAAGGACAUCCUCACAUCCCAGAGAUUUUGUCUCUUUAUCCUUUCAGAAGUGGUGGCUUCAUAUCUUCCCUUAUUAGGUGGGGAGAAGGCAGGCAUCUCAGCUACUUGUUACUGUUGGCCCCUAGCCUUGCUGAAUUGACAGACAGGCUCAGGCAGUGCUAAUAUGGCCUGGCUUUUGCGCCAAUAAACACUCCCCGGGCUCCCCGACAAAAGGCCUUCAGUGCUGGGGAGGGCUAGGAGAGGACUCAGCGCCAUAUGGGAUGGCCCAAGGGUGGCCAGCCUUGGUGCUACAGGGAUUUAUGGCUUUCCUAAUCCCCAAGGGGUAGCCUUUGUCGCAUCAAUAACUAAGGCCAGCAUUUCUUAAAUCAGGCAAAGAUGGUUCCUAGAGGCCCUUGGCCGGCCGG